AUGGAUUUGUUUGGUGAUAUUGUCGAGAGAGAAACCGUUGCUCCAGAUGCCGUUUCCAACCAAGGUAUGCCUACUACUGGCUUCCCCAAGUUACAUCAGCCAGAGAAAGUAUCUAGUUGGAAGCAACGCUUAAUGGAAAAGAAGAAGAAGAAACAGCAGAGAAGUAACACUGGAUCAGAACCUCCAAAUGCUAACUUUGUUGAGGUUGGAAAUGACUCGUGUUUCUCGGAUGAUACUAAAACAGACCCUAAUGCCUUGUCUGAAGCAGAAAGAAUACAUCUUCAAAACUUGGCUGUGUUACAGAGUAUGACACCUGAGCAAUUCGAACGUGAAAGACAAGAGUUAAUGGAUUCUUUGAACCCGAAUGUGUUGAAAUCGUUGAUUGCUCGGGUUGACAAAAAAAUGACGUCCUUGUCGUUAAAGGAUGGUGAAACAUCGAGGUCUAAACCACCUGUUCCGCAGUAUGCUGAAAUCGAAGGUCCAGGUACGUGGAUUGGUGGAAGCAACAAGGUUAAAGACUUACCCAAAUUAGACGAUAAGGCUGUGGAUGAGGCUUUAGGCAUAAAUUCUGUUGAGGUUCAGCCUCUGAAAUCUGUGAGAUUUGAGCGAGAUCUGAAGAAAGAGGAAGUUCACAAUAUCAAACCUGACGAGUAUGAUCGAACCGAUGAAGUACCUAAUGGAACUUUCAACGACGAAGAUGAUAUGGCACCCCAAGAGUACCAGUUUGUUCAAAGUAUAGAUCAUAUGAGUAAUAAAGACUUACUAGCGGAGGUACAUUUUAUAAAGGCAAGAAAAACCAUGGGGAAGGAACAAGAAUAUGAGCCUUUGGAUAUAAAUGACCCUAACUUCGAUCAGGAGUUACACAAGAAGUUUUUCCCCGACCUACCGCAAGAACCAGAUAAAUUAAAAUGGAUGCAACAAGUAGAAAACACAGGCAAGGCAGAAGAAGUCAUUCAUGACGUUUCUGUUUGUCGAUUUGACUUCAAAGGUAAUAUGGUACCCCCUGGGAGGAAACUGACCACUACGAACAAUGGUUUACAUCACCAUUCGGACGCUCCAGAGCUCGCAGGUUAUACCAUCCCAGAACUUGCUCAUUUAUCUCUUUCUAAAUUCCCUGCACAAAGGUCGAUUGCCAUUCAAACUCUCGGAAGAAUUCUAUAUAAACUCGGUAAGCAGUCAUACGCUCAACUUGUACCUGAAGUCGAUGCUGAAACGUAUCAAGAAGAAGGGGGAUCCAAGCAAAUAAUAAACAAAAUCUACUACAUGUUUUGGGAUGUGAUGAAGGACUGUAAAGUUAUAGAAACAUUGCAGUUAGCGGCAGACGAAUCUAAAACCGCAAACAUCAGUGUGAGAAAUUAUGCUAUAGACGCACUCUGGCUAUGGAAGCAAGGAGGCGGCGAUCUUAGAGCUGUAAGUAAGGAAUGA